AUGGAAGAAUGGAAGCAGGGAACUUAUGUCAUGAUGCUGAACGACGAAGAUAUUCACACGGUAAAUGAACGUCGUCUAGGAGAGAUCAUCGGCAAGGACACCGCGGGCAAGCUGCACACUAGUCGCAGCCGCAACGAGCAAGUUGUCUGUGACAUGCGCAUAUGGCUGCUUGAUCGGAUCAAGAAGAUAGCCUCCCAACUUGUUGCGUUCCGCAAGGUCAUCGUCGCAGGCGCCGGGUCCGAAAUGUAA